CAAUUUCCAGAGGUUUUUUUUUUUUACUUUUCUUUCUUCCUGUUUUCCGGGUAAUGAAGUGAAACUACAGCUGCUCCGAGACUAAGCUGCCCUGCUUUAUUUUGCAAGUUUAUCACCGAUUCUUUGUUGGAGGCUGUCAGGAUGUCAGUUGUUAAGAUGACUGAGGGGAGUGUGCAGGUGGAGAGCUGCAAGGCGCCACUGUUCUACAGACAAAGUGAACCGGCCACAGGGGAAGUGAGGAUGUCGGUUUUACUUCUUCACGGCAUCAGGUUCUCAUCAGAAAACUGGCUCAGCAUCGGCACUCUGGACACUCUGGCCAAAGCAGGCUGCCGUGCGGUCGCCAUCGACCUGCCAGGACUUGGCCGGUCUAAAUCAGCCGAGGCCCCGGCACCAGUUGGAGAACUGGCCCCUGCAGGUUUCCUAAAAGAGGUGUGUGAACGGCUGAGCCUGAGCCCGGUGGUGGUGAUCAGCCCGUCCCUCAGUGGGAUGUACUCCCUCCCAUUCCUCCUCCAGCACCAGGCUCUGAUACGAGCCUACAUCCCUGUAGCUCCCAUCUGCACCGACAAAUUCACAGCAGAGCAAUACCAGAGUGUGAAGGUCCCAUCACUCAUCGUUUACGGUGACCAGGACAUUCAGCUCGGAGAAUUGUCUCUCGGCAACCUGAGCAAUCUCGCCAAUCACAGUGUGGUGGUGAUGAAAGGAGCAGGUCACCCCUGUUACCUGGAUGACCCGGACACUUGGCACAAGGCUCUCACGGAUUUCCUCAAUACGCUGUGAAGCUCUGAGAUUCUCAACAAUCAGCCACACAUAAACACACUGUUCAUUCAUGAGAAAUUUAGGCCACACACAUCCUCCUGCAUGACCUGAUUUUGACUUUUUUUAAGUCUCAGUAAUGAAACUGGAAAUCAAGACUUUUCUAGUUAUGAGGAGAUGAGGCUCGAAGUAAGACAUUAUGAUAAAUACGCUUUUCACAUCGCUGUUCAAAGGUAACAAAAUCCACCUACCAGCACUAAAACAAACUAACAAGUUAUAUUUGGUAUGUUUAAUUAGUUUGUUUGUUGGCUGGGACCAAUAAGUUCCUGGAGUUUUUGUUAGUUUGGCACCCCCAGCUAAACGCAAUUUGUUGGUUCUUGUACAAGUUAAACAAAAGUGUUAAUAGUAAGUUAUAUGCUGUAUUCUGACUCGUCACUCUUACAGAAGUGCCUGAAAACAAAAGAAACACGGAUGCUGCACAUCAACCAAGGACCGCUGUUAAAUGUAUUUAACCAAUGAGAUUUGGUGUUAUAUUGUCAAUACAUGGUAUUUUAUUCCUCACAUGGCCGACACUGCAACCAUACAUCCGUCUUGAUGACAUGAAUGCUUGUUAAGUUGUGAAUCUUUCCUGUCUCUACCUUCCAUCCCAUAUGGCAUGAACACGGCAUUUGAGAUGCUGAUUGGCAGAUUUUGUUCCCUUUGGACAGAGCCAGGCUAGCGCUUUCCGCCAUUUCCUGUCUUUGUAAUAAGCUAAGUUAGCCGGCUGCUGGCGGGAUUCACAUUUCGGUUAUUUUCAGGAAAGCAAAAUCAAUUGUGUCAUCUCCGACAGAAAGUAUAUAUCUCAAGAUGUCUCAUUUUCUUUUAUACCAUAAAAAUUAAUACUGUGUAUUACAAUUAAUAAUAAAGUUCCGAUUGUGA